AUGGCCGCAGAAGCACAAGCUCAAUCCGAACUCAAGGACUUCGGUGGUAUAUUCCGUCUCGAUGGGAAAGUUGCUGUGAUCAGUGGAGGGUCUCGAGGACUAGGUCUACACGCUGCAUCGGGUCUACUCCAAGCUGGGUGCUCCAAGGUCUUCAUCACCUCCAGAAAGGCACAAGCAUGCCAGGAGGCUUGCGAUGCUCUCAAUGCCCUUACAAACAAAGCUCCUGGAGCCAUUGCAAUCCCGGUACCGGCAGAUUCGUCCAAGGUAUCCGAAAUCGAACGCUUGGUCAAAGAGGUCGAGAAACAUACCGACCAUGUCGAUAUCCUUUUCGCCAACGCCGGUGCCACGUGGGGAGAGAAGUUCGAAACACAUCCAGAUAGUGCCUUCGCCAAGGUGAUGGAUUUGAACGUCAAGAGCGUUUUCAGCACCAUUCAAAAGUUCGCCCCUCUCCUUCAAAAGCGCGCAACAUUGGAGGAGCCAUCAAGGGCAAUUGCAACGGCAUCUGUUGCCGGUCUUCGAAUCGGUACUUUGGGCAACAACGCGACUUAUGGAUACUCGGCAAGCAAGGCCGCAGUGAUCCAUUUGAUGAACAACUUGGCGGUCGAACUUGGCCCCCGUCAUAUCCUCUGCAAUUCUCUCGCUCCUGGGUUCUUCCCUUCCAAGAUGGCAAGUGGCUUGAUGGGCCUGAUCGGGGGUGAGGAGAAGCUAGCCAAGACCAACCCGAAUGGGCGGCUGGGUCGUCCAGAGGAUAUCGCGGCGGCGGUGGUGUUCUUGAGCAGCCGAGCUGGAAGCCACGUCAACGGGGCUCAUCUCGUAAUCGAUGGUGGCGUGCACCAAGGCAGGAUUGGAGGAUUGCCGAACUUGUAG